AUGAGUUGUCGUAAACCCGUAAAUGGCAGCUAUGAACCCAGCACCCGACAGUUUAUGAGGAAAAUCCACAACGAAUCUCUUGCGAAAUGGGCCAAUCCGGGAUCUGUGUUGCCCCAGGAUUUCAUUCGCGUCGCCAGAGUACCAUUGCUGACAAAGUUGGGAUACACUGAUUUGGGUAACCCACCAGAUUAUCAAAAACUUUCAGCAACUCUGCUCUACGUUUGA